AUGUCGGGGCCCAAAGUAGCACAGCAGCCAUUUUGGCUCGGCAAGACUGCUUUGGCUUUCUUCUUCCUUAUCUUCAUCGCCUGUACUGCGUCUCUUGUUGCUCUCGAUAGGGUUAUAGUGUCUUGCAAUGGUCUGCCACUCACUGUUUUUUCGAGUUCGUACUCUUGGACCUACGGCCCUACAGCCAUCCUUAUUGUCAUCCUGAGCCUCUGGAGGCGCGUUGAUUACUACUACAAAUUGAGAGAGCCGUGGCGCGAAUUACUAGCUGGGCCAUCGCCAGUCGACAAGUCCCUCUUGCUCGAUUAUAUCACGACUUUUCAAGUUGUAAGCAUCUUCCAAGCCUUAAAGCGCCGCCACUUUGCCGUUGCCACAUCCAUUGCAGCAUUCUUUCUCCUCAAAUUUAUCAUCCUUAUCUCAACCACUCUCUUUGUCGUCAGGGAAAUUAAUUCCGAUGGAGUUUCGAAUGUGACAAUGCAGGAUACAUUUGACACUGCUAAAGCAUGGUCCAUGUAUCAAGAGUACAGUGUAACUGAGGCCGAGCCAGACGACCAGUUAUUUUCAGGAGGAUCGGACAGUUCUAUCUGGACAUACCUAAGCGGGCUGAACAACGUCACCACCGUUGAGGCCAACUGGAGGCUACCAGAGGACUUGGUGACUCAAAGGUUCGCUUUUACAAUCGGGACAUCCAAUGUCACGAGGCUCGAACAUACCGUCGAAAUCUUCGUCCCCAAAAUCUCUUGUGAGGAUGCCACACUAUCGGAAUCGGAGAGUUCAAAGUAUCACGACCCAGGCAUACGCAAUUACACGUUCACCUCGAAAACCUGCGCCAACCGUGGCAUAUCGGUUGGACCAUGUAGUGGCCCAAAGUACGGAGAUCCACCAACCCCUCAAGACACGUUCCGUCCAUGCGUACCAGACCCUCGCGUGUACUCUUCGUGGCGAGUCAACUGUUCACAUGGUCUGGAGAGGGCAGAUUACGACUUUUUCGCUCCCGGGGCCACACACCAGGAUAUGGAGUUGUUCGACAUACGAUAUGCCAUUUCCGUUGCAGAUUUCGAAGCUACGGUCAAAGAAUAUCCUGAUACGCGCGAAACUGCCAAUGUCACAUCAAUGAGGCUUGUCAGAUCCUCGUCUCUUAUCUGCAAAAUUGGCUAUGGGAUUAUAACCGCCAACGCAACGCUGGAUCUGUUGACAGGCAAUGUGUCGAUUCCCAAGACUGCCCUUGAUGGGGAGAUCAAGCCUCUACGCAAUUUAUCAAGCAUUGCAUUGGCAGAAAUGCUAUGGACAAACCUUAAAAAGCCAGCAGGGGUUCUUGUUGUCGACGAAAAGGUCCCUACCAUCAAGCCAUUAGGACCAACUAGUGGAAAUCCACCAGGAGCAUCAGACGUUCUAUUUCAGUUGAUGUAUGCGCAGCUCGGGCGACCAGACAACCUCGACUCCUUUUACAAAACACCUCUUCUCAAGAAUGCGACGAUCUCGGUCUUGGAGGGUGUAGCUCGCGAUUUUGCCCGGUAA